GUUUGACCAGCCCCAAGCUUGAUGAGUGAGGCCUUUUCCAGCGCCCAACCAGGCCGAUUGUAACUACGAUUUGACAAGAACACUUCCAUUUUGAGUGACUUGCACGCUCGUCUGGUGCAGUACGACUGUUCCCCUCCACCGACGAGGGCGGCUUGCGAUGGACCGUUUCAUCUGACCUUGAAUCCUCCUUUUCCCUCUCUACCACACGGCAGACCGGAUACGAAAGAAUCCAUCAUGGCCUCAACUCCCACAACUCCCGUGAGCGACGAGGCCUCGUCAACGAGACCACCUUCCUCGAAGCCUCCGAGGCGGCCCAAGAGACCAAACUAUACUCAGAUCCAUCGCCAUCUGCUGCCCAUCGAAGUCCAUCCACUCCCUGUUCUGAUCCCCCACAACCCAUUGUCGUUGGUUGCUAUCGCCCUCUCGUACCUCGUCCAAGUUCUUUCGCCGCCAACCCGUCCGACGUACAAUGGCUACUUCUCUUCGGCCACUUCCUCCAUCCACGUCACCGACCCGGAGACGAUACGUAAACUCUGGGAAAUGGGUUUCUUUGGAAGAGGUAGCCUCAGCCGAAGUGAGCCGAAUUGGUUAGAGAAUAGACAGAAGAAAGGUCGGACAGCCGAAGAGAACACAGCCUCUCGCAGGGAGCAGAGGAGGCAGUUGAAGCAAGAACGGGCACGGAAGGAGCAAGAAGAGAUCGAUCAAAAGUUAUCAGAAGAGUCGCAGCAAUACGGUGAUGGGGUGGGCCAGGUGGAUGGUGCCAUUGAGCAAGAACCAGUCCAAAAAUCACAGCAGAACGGCGACGUUAUUGUCAAUGUAACUCACGCAUCCGACAGACCCAGAUUGGACCAACUGCCUCGGAACGGGAGUUUGAACGGCGACAUUAACGGCGUUCUCACGGAAAAUGUCCUCAAAACAAAUGCUCAAAAUAUCUGUGACAUUGGCAGUGUACUGGAAUCAGCUAGUGGGACUGCGACGCCUGAUGUUGAAGAAGACAACAAGGAGAACGGCUCAAUCCAAGGAUUCGAGGAGUGGAAAAAAGCAAUCGAGGCGAAUGGGAUCCCAACUCCGCCGCCCACAUCCACCUGCUCAGAUACUAGUCAGGUUGAAGGUCGGCCGGUGAAGAGACUGCAGAGAACCAAAACAGUCCGAUUCUCGCCCACCAUCGAAGCCCGCGAAUUUGACCUGACUUCCCCUGUGAUAUCACCCAUCAAGAGUCCCGGCACGUCUCCACUUGAGGAUGCAAAACCGGAGAGCGAAAAGCCCGUCCAGCAAGAAAACCAGGAACACCUGAAUGUUUCACUCGAAGAGGCAUUUUUCCUCUCCUACGCCCUGGGCGUCCUCGAUAUCUACUGCGAUGACAGCAACACGAUCCUCCCUCCGACAUCUCUUCUCUCCCUCUUCCGACGCCAUUCAUAUCACCCUCCCCGGUCACUGUCUGUCCCAGCCGAACCGGACGACCCCUUCAUGAUUUCCUACGCAGUGUACCACCACUACCGCUCCUUAGGCUGGGUUGUCCGCAGCGGCGUCAAAUUUUCCACCGACUAUCUCCUGUAUAACCGUGGCCCGGCCUUCUCCCACGCCGAGUUUGCAGUUGUCAUCAUCCCCUCGUACACCGAUCCGUUCUGGACACAAUCAGCGUCGCCGGAGCAGCGGAAAGCCACCGAAAGGAGAACAAGCAAGAAGAAUUGGUGGUGGUUACACGGGAUUAAUCGGGUACAGGCACAGGUACAUAAACAGCUGGUGCUCUGCUACGUGGAUGUCCCGCCGCCGCUGAAAGACGCCAAGAAGCGCAAGGAUGUCGAUAUAGGCUGGCUAUUUUCCAGGUACAAGAUCCGGGAUGUCAAUGUGAGGAGGUGGACGCCGAACCGCAGUCGAGAUUGAGACUGAGACCUUGGAGUGACCUACGAUGAUGAAUGGCGAGGAAUAAAAAUAUACCUCCUUUUUUUUACGCAAAAUGUCGAUGCAAGGAAGGACACACGGACGGGGAAACCCCAAAAAGCGCUUUUUAUCGGACAUGAAGGUUUGGAAUGAAUAUAUGAAUCUUUAGAUACCCAGGGGAGACCUGUUUUUAGGUAGGGACAUGAAUGAUCACAAUGAUGUUAGAACAGGGAAA